UCUUCUUUGGUGCAACUUGAUGAAGUUGUUUUUGGGGGGGGGGGGGGGUUGUUUUUUGUUUUUUUGGAGGUUGAGGAUGGAUAUUUCAUCUAUUUAGCCUGAUUGGUUGAUCCUGCCUGGUUUUUAACUCCAGAGAAGAGAUCUGAGGUUAGUUUCUGCUACUCUGUGGCUCUUCAUGAUGAACUACUGCAUACCGGACAUGUACGAGAUGCCCCACUCUGGGGUCGGGGGCUACGCCGUUCAGGGUGGCGGGGAGCAUUGCAUGUACCCCGGAGAGGGGGCCGGGUACGGACACUACGAGCCACAGCCUCUGCAUCACCCGCCCUGCAUGGAGCAGGCCUGGCCCACCGGCCAGCACUACUCCUGCUCCUACGCUGCCGGCCCUUCCUCCUUUAAGAACGAGUUCUGCAACAUGGAGGUCCCUCUCAGCCACUUCCACCAUCAGCCUGAGUAUUUUCCUGAGAUUAAACCUGAUUAUUCACAUCUGCAGUGGAUGCAAGGGGCCCACAGAAAAGGUUACAUACCGAGCUACCUGGACAAGGAUGAGCUGUGUGUAGUGUGCGGGGACAAAGCCACAGGCUACCACUACCGCUGCAUCACAUGCGAAGGCUGCAAGGGGUUCUUCAGGAGAACCAUUCAGAAGAACCUGAACCCGACCUACGCCUGCAAGUACGAGGGGAAGUGUGUCAUCGACAAGGUGACCAGGAACCAGUGCCAAGAAUGUCGCUUCAAGAAGUGCAUAGCAGUAGGAAUGGCAACAGACUUGGUUCUGGACGACAGCAAGAGGCUGGCCAAGCGGAAGCUGAUCGAGGAGAACCGGGAGCGCCGGCGGAGGGAGGAGCUGCAGAAGACGGCGUGGGACCGACUGGAGCCCACCCAGGAGGAGUGGGAGCUCAUCCGCCUGGUGACGGAGGCCCACAUGUCCACCAAUGCUCAGGGCAACCACUGGAAGCAGAAGAGGAAAUUCCUGGUCGAGGAAGCAAUGCUUCUUAAUGAAAUAACAUGUAAUUUAUUCUAUACUUCUGACCAGAGUGCAGCAGGGGUGAAGGAUACUAAGCCUGAGGAUUGUGGUCAAGCCUCCAUGGUCAAUGCAGCUGAGGAAAACAAAGUGGAUAUUGAAGCCUUCAGUCAGUUUACAAAAAUUAUCACCCCUGCCAUAACCCGAGUGGUGGACUUUGCCAAAAAACUGCCAAUGUUCUGUGAGCUGCCUUGUGAAGACCAGAUCAUCCUGCUGAAGGGUUGCUGCAUGGAGAUCAUGUCGCUGCGAGCGGCCGUACGCUACGACCCGGACAGCGAAACCCUCACGCUCAACGGGGAAAUGGCAGUAACUCGAGGUCAGCUGAAGAACGGAGGUCUGGGCGUGGUGUCGGACGCCAUCUUUGAUCUGGGCGUGUCGUUGGCCUCCUUCAACCUGGAUGACUCUGAGGUGGCUCUCCUGCAGGCUGUAAUCCUUCUCUCAUCCGAUCGUCCAGGCCUGACCAGCGUGGAGCGAAUCGAGCGCUGCCAAGAAGAGUUCCUGCUGGCCUUCGAACAUUACAUCAACUACCGCAAGCACAAGGUGGCGCACUUCUGGCCCAAGCUGCUGAUGAAGGUGACAGACCUGCGCAUGAUCGGCGCCUGCCAUGCCAGCCGCUUCCUCCACAUGAAAGUGGAGUGUCCCACCGAGCUGUUCCCUCCGCUCUUCCUGGAGGUCUUUGAGGACUGACUGACGGACGGCAGCGUAUGAGUGUGUUUGGACUGUGUGUACAUGCGUUGUCCAAAGCCUGGGCACCCUGCUGGUACCAGCGGUACCAGCCGGAGGCCCAUCUCCCCGAACUCUCUGAUAGCACUACUGAGUGUCACUUCAUUCCAUAGUUUAGGACUAGCUCCCUGGUCUAGUUUUGGAUGAAAUCAUUCCUCACAUUGCGGGUACAUGUGAAUAGCCUUUUUUUUUUUUUCUUGGUUUGUCGUUAUUUUUGUGCGUAUAACCUCUCACCUAGUUUUUUUUUUUCUUUCUUGAUAAUUGUUCAGUUGGCAUAACGGUGAUUUUAUUAACAGCUGUUUGACCAUUAGAAACUAUGGAGUUAUUGUCUUUUUUUUUUUUCCUUCAUGUUCUACAGAAACUCAGUGAAAGUUGACCUGAUGCAGAAAAUCAGAGCAGCUCUGAUGGUUCUCCCUUUGGUUUCUGGUUCAUUCACUUUGUCCUGAGGAAUCACACUGUCUCCUGACUCACUCUAAAAGUCAGCUGCUCAUAUCAAAUGAAGCUGCAUUCAGAAGCUCUCGGAAAAAUCUGAAUUUUGAAAGCAGGCAGCCUCUGCAUGGCUGGGAAUGUGCUACACAACCCCCACUGUUCUGCUGCACGCUGCUAAGCAGCUGGCUGAAAGAAGCCUACUACAUUAUUUUCACACUUACUAGAAAAAACAAAUGAAACACAAUAAAGUAGCUGGUAAACAUGCAUGAAGUCAUCAAAUCAGCUCCUGCUGUUAUUCUAUAAUAAGCAGAACCAAAUGUUCUGUUCUGCACAAUUAGCAACUCAUACAUUUUGUCUACUUUUUAUUUAAAGUCACAAUCUAAAUAAAAACAAACAUCAUCGUAAUAUACCAGAUUACUUUUGCAACGGUAGGAAAUAUUUUUGCUACAAUAUUUUAAAUGAAAAUAGUUUUUUGUUCGUUUUAAUCACCUGAAAUGUUUCUCCAGCUGAUCUUACUGGAGGGAUUUCACACUGUAUCCUCAGAUGAGGCUCCAUGCAGUGAGAAAAGGUAAACAAUGUGCAGCAUAACUUAGAACAGAAUGUAUAAAGCAUGAUUGUUUUUUUACUUUGGUUAGAUUUUUGAAGAGCUAUAUUUUUGUAACACAGAAGUACUCUAACUAGACGCUGAAAACACUUUGUGACAAUCUUUAACAGCUGGGAAAAUGAUUCAAACUAAGGUGCUAGCUCUCUAUUUCAGGGAAGAUACUGAGAGCUCAUAACUUCCUAGCUGAUCCCCACAGCAAAAAAUGCAAAAUUAGAGUUUUUAAAUUUUGUUGCAAAAAUUAGAUUCACCCCAGAAGUCAGACUAAAUU